CAAAAGAAAGAUAGAAUACGGUUUGCAAUACAGUUAUGAUGGAAACCUUACGGAAAUCCUAUGCUAAGGGAAACGAGGGUGAUAACUUUUGUGGAAAGUAAAAUUACUUUAAUCAGCCGCCUGGAGAUUAAGAUCAGCGGUGAACUUGGGCUUUUGAGCUUGAGCUUUAUUCUUGAAACUCUUUUUACAGGCUGUGUCGCAGAGAAGGCUGUCGCUGGAGCGAGUAAAUUCUAAUAAUCAGACAAAAUGGAUACAUUUAGCAAUAUGUAAAACAAGUAAAAGAUAACUAAAGUUGAUGAAUAAG